AUGAAAAUAUGCUUGCCUGAUUGAGGUCUUCGCUUUUGCUGGAGGUCAUAACGUCACCGCACACUCCGUGGGAGCCAGAAUGUUCUUGAAAGAUAUAGAUGGGCCAUUGUACGGCUAUCCGAUAUUCUCGUUGUGGCUGCGGGAUACGGACCAUUCCUUUACUGGCCGCUUGAGCUCAACCCUGCAGUCAGCCUGAGCACUAAAAUGUCUUCCUCAGCGCAAGACCCUAUCCAACAAAUCGACGUCGGGAACACGUUUGGGGCACUUUUUAUUGGGGUCAUUAUUGCAUCAGUUCUCUUUGGUCUAAGUAAUGUUCAAGCUUUCCUCUACUUUCAGACGCAUAGGGGCACCGGAAUAUCAUUCCAUAUUUUAGUCGUCAUCUGGCUAUGGACACUCGAUGCUCUGCACCUUGCCUUGAUUGUCCAUUGUGUCUAUUAUUAUUUGGUGACCAACUACGCGAACGUCAGUGCACUCACAGACAUUGUAUGGAGCUUCAAACUUCAGAUAAUCAUCAAUGUUUUACUCAUCUACAGUGUACAAGCUAUGUAUGCUUAUCGCAUAUGGAUAUUCAGCAAGGGCCGAUCAAGAACUGUCCCUAUCACAGUGUGGAUAAUUGUGGUACUGAUUUCAGGUCCUGCAAUUGUCGCUGCUUGGAGCAUAUAUCAGUGCCAUGCGUUCACGGAUUUGAUUGAAUUCGAGUGGGUGACAUUUGUGGCUUCAGGAGCGACCACUUUCCUCGAUCUCGUCAUCGCAUCGUCGCUAUGCUAUCUCCUCGUGACCUCCCGUACCGGGUUCUCCAGCACCAAUUCCAUCGUAACAAAGCUGAUGGGUUACAUCAUUAAUACUGGCUGUCUGACGAGGUAUCCCUCCUUCCAGACUAUACCUCAUAUUGACUCAUAUUUCAUGCAGUAUAUGUUCAAUGGCAGCUAUGAUUACAUGCGCAGCGAUGCCGCGCAACUUCAUCUUUCUCGGUAUUGAAUUUUUAGUGGCCAAAUUAUAUGUCAACUCGUACCUUCGCGCUCCUGAACGCGCGACACUACUUACAGGCCGGCGAAGACCCUAUGAAUCGUUCUGAAUUCCAUAUGCGCCACGGCGUGUACCGCCCGGAGCUGCACAU